GCCGUUUUUCAGGUCUCACUGACCGGGUGAUCGCUUCUCUCAGUCCUUCAGCCGAUUGAUUGUAGCUGCCAGGGCUCGGUUGGGUCUUUUGUGUCGGAGUCUGCAAUCCCGCCGCUUAUUCUCCCAGAGCCACUCCGCCUUCCUCUUGACGACGCUGAAACGAGAGUCUUGCAGCUAUCUGUACUUCACGCAGAAAUGUCGAAGUCCAAGGACAGCAGCUCCUCUGGGGGCUUUCACCAGGAGUAUAUUGCGUCUCUGCGCUAUCGAAAUGACCUGCCGCCUCCGGAUAUGCCCCCGAAGUUCCUCGACAUCCCACACGAAGGCUUGGAUCGUUUCCUCACCCCGGGCUUUGCAUCCAAUCUGGCCCGCCGCGAGGAACUGAAUAUCGAUGUCGAUGCGGAAGGUGGUAUGCCGAUCGACCUGGUCGGUAUUCCGGGCCUUCACCUGGGCGAUGAGAGUGCGAUUAUGGCUCCCGAGAAUCCGGAACCCAUUGACCCCGCUGACCUGGCGCUGCUCAUGACACCGGAGCAGCUGAAGAACCCGGCACCGAAGAAUGCUAAUGUCAGUUUCCUUCGUCGUACGCAGUACAUUUCCGCCGGUCUUCGCGCGCCGGAUAGCCCCAAGGUCGCCCCCAUCCGCUCUAAGCGUGGCCUUGACAAGACCAAGUCGCAAGACGAUCCCACCUACGUCAAGAAGUACCUUCAGAAAGGUUUCGAUAUCGCGUAUCCUCACAGCAGACAUGUCGGUGAAGAUACGGCGAGCAAGAUUAAAGGACACACUCCUACUAAGCUUGAGCAUGAUGCAUGGGCCCAUCCAGUGCACCCGGAUAACCCCAAGUUGAAGCCCGUUGGGAUUUACCCUCUCCUCCCCGAUCUGGCAGGGUUCCCGGAUCCCGGUGGUUUCGUUCAAUUCAAAUUCGACAAAGCACCGGUACAGGAUGUCUCCGGAAGAAGGGACAAGCGCAUGGAUGUUGCGGUCUUGCUUCCGUCGGCACCAGAGGAACGCAUCUGUCAAGAGCACGCGACAAAGGCCGCCUUGCAUAAGACUAACCCCAACCUGUACCCCGACCCAGGCCCGAUCCCAUGGGAUUACGAUCUCUUCCUGCCCGAGAAGAAAGAAGCAGCCAGGAAUGUUUCCGCAAGUCUGCGCAUCACCAACCCUGAGCGCGAUAAUGAAGAGUUGUACACGCAUGAGGGAGCCGAUAACGCCAGGUUCCAUCGUUUCGACCGUGUCCGCACGUAUGCGACCAGCGCUCAGACUUUGGGCAACGACCAGAAGCAAAAAGAUGUCGCGUUGACCCUUUUCGACCCAUCAGAAUUGAAGGAGGGUCAGCAAGGCGGCCUCGCCUCGAAACAGAAGGCCGCCUACUACUAUCCUAUCCUCGGAAAGACCCGUCUCAAGCCUGAGAGAGCCAGGACCAUCGCCCAGGCGGGUCUGGCGCCCACACGCCCGAAGACCAAGGAGGACCAGGUUGACCAAAUCCAAGUGGUCGUCCGCGACCCUGAUGAGGCCGAAGUCUACAAGCGUUCUCUGCAUCGGGCUGCCAUUGACCCGAAGUUUGCUGAGACGAUGCCCCCACCCCCGGAGGAGGAGCCCGAAGCCACCAAGGAGGACGACGAAGGUGAACACGGUGCAGACCGUCAGGCUUCGCCGGAGGACGCGAACGACGAUGUCGACAAUAUGAGUGACGAGUGAUGGACACGGUCCACCAUGUAUCACAUUGGGGCUACGACGGCGGCAGACAUGCUCCUUCAUCUUCCCGAGUGUACUUUUCUUGUGCAUUGCACUUUACAUACCCUUUCAUGUCUCAUUAUACUGAUCUUCUUUGGGUGUUCACCUUGCAUGGCUGUCUCCGCGCGGAGUCCGAGCUACUAGCCGCGUUGUUAGUCUGGUUGGCUGGUAUUGGAGUCGCGGCAGCAAAAGGCGUUGUGUGGCAUGAUGACUUGGAGUUACGUAGCGAGAGUUUGGUUUUUUCCUUGCAGGAUGUUCAGAAGCAGGCUGCCAUUGGCGAUUCAUGUACAUCCAUAAAAUACCUAGUCAACCCAUAUUAUCCUG